GCUUAAACGAUGUAGAUACUUUUCAGUCUACUAUUACUUCAUCUUUCCACAUUUGACUGCGGUUUUAUUCAUUGAGCACAUACAUAUGUAUGAUGAAUGCACCUCACAGUCAUCGCGUAGUAUUCAAAAGUUUACUUCUCGUCAGUGGAAUAAGCUUGGCCUCUUAUUGGCUCGCUUCAAGUAUUUAUGAUAUGAUAUUGCGAAGCAAAUAUACCAAACGUCGUACAAAGAAACAAAGUGAAAACAUUCGUGCUAAGAAACGUUUCUGUGAAUACUUGAAGGAAAAUCCUCUUUCUGAAAAAAAGAUCAAGCAGAUUGUUGAGAAACCAUUUUGUGAAUUGAUCAAGUGUUUAAAACAUGGAGAAUUCACUCCACAGAAAGUGCUGUUAGCCUACCAACACAAAGCAUUCAAAGUAGAUCAACAAUGUAAUUGUGUUGUUGAAUUUCUUUAUCCAAAUUUCGAUGAAAUCAAUCUUAAUGGUCCGUUGGCAGGAGCACCGGUUAGUAUAAAAGAGAACCUUAAUAUUAAGGGUAGUGAAAGUCAUGCAGGAAUGGUUAAAUUCCUAAAUGGCCCAUCAAGUGAAGAUUCUUACAUAAUACAAGUAAUUAAAUCGUUUGGUGGUGUACCAUUUGCACGUACAAAUGUACCUCAAUCAAUGUUCAGUGUCUUGUCAUCUAAUCCAAUCGAUGGAAUAACACUCAAUCCAUUAGCUUUAGAUCGUAGCCCAGGAGGAAGUAGUUCAGGUGAAGCAGCUUUAAUUGCAGGUGGGGGUUCCGGUCUUGGAUUUGGCACAGAUCUUGGUGGAAGUGUACGAUUUCCUGCUGCAAUGUGUGGCAUUGUAGGUUUCAAGCCUACACCGAAACGUGUAAGUAAGCUGGGUAUAUCCUCACAUGGACGAUAUAUUACCCUUGAGAGUUCUGUUGGUUUUCCUUGCGCGAGAUGUACAAACGUGUAUUUUGGCGGCUCAGUCUAUUUGGAAUUCUAGUUUACAUCAUGAAUUAGACUAUUUUUGUCCACCAAUGACCUUUAACUCAGAGGUAA